AAAGAAUCAACAGGAAAAAUCAGAUUGACUUAUUUUCAUUACCAGUAUUCAAGUAGACAUUAGAAUUGUGAAAAAUCUCCAAGAAUGUCAUCGAAUCUGAUUAAACCAUUUCAAAUUUUGGGACAAAACAAGAUACCAACAACACCAAUUAAACCUCCGAUACCCGAUCAUUUAAGAUUUCGCAUUUUACCCAUUUUCCCCGGUAGAGUUAACUUGAUUUCAUUUUUGACUUUUACUUUAUUAUUCGCAUCAACACUUGGUCAUGAUAUUGCAAUGUUUUUUGGGUAUUUACCUCGAUUUGAUUUCUGUGGAUUGCUGACCUUUUCUGGUUCGAGUAUAAUCACUGUAUUAGGAGGCGAUAUUUUCAUCAAUGCAUUGCUGGUCAUAGUAUUCUUGUUUCCACUCGAUUACAGUCAAUAUGAAGAAGCUUGGAGAUUGGUUGGAUUCUCACUUAAUGACCCUUUCAUCACUGAUGAAUUGAAACGAGCCAAAAAGGAAACCCUCAUCUUUGCAAUUCUUUUCUUGAUCACUUGGCUUUGUUACCUUCCAGGCUGUGUCUACAUCGCUGUCAUUCAACCUCAUGAAGCAGGUUUGAUACAAAUGGCUUUUGAAACUUCACAUCAGGUGUCAUACCCUCUUGUUGGUAUCUUGGUUUUCAUAAAAGUUCAUACUCUUUUCACUUCAUCCUCUCUGAUUCGAGCGUCUUUUAUCCUGAUCAAAAAGUCAAUAAAAGCUCAUCCAGAGGUUACUUGGAGCCUUCAAAGCUUACGUUAUUACCGACAGAUUUAUACUGCAACCAUUGAACUAACUUCCACUGCCAACAACAUCUGGUCUGCCUAUUUAAGCUUCAUGUAUCCAGCCUUUAAUAUUAUGGGACUUGUUUCGCUUUACACAAUGAUUUCUGGUAGCUAUGAUUUUAGUCGAUAUUUCAUUCUUGGAUCAAGCUCUUUAUCGCUUUUCUGGACUUCUAGUUUUAUGAAUAAAUACAUUAUUGGUAUAAAUGUGGAAGCAGCUUCAGUCUAUGAUGUAGUCUAUCAAAAGAGUUUACUUGAUUUGGGUGAAAAAUACAUGAUGGAGACGAUGCUUUUUCUCGAACGGAUAGGACGUGCAGACGUAGGCUACAGGUUACAUGGCUCAUUCGUUUUCAGUCCAACCUUAAUGGCUUCUAUGGUGACUCUCGGUGUCACAAUCAUCAUUGCAUUCCCUUCGUUUGCCCAUUAAUCCAAGUAUACCCUCUAUCGCUCCAAUCCUGAUGGACUCAGUGAUCAAAACUUGUUCAGACUGCCUAGGAGCUACAACUUUGUGCCCAAGUAAUUUACACAAAGAUCAGAAUCGAGGUCAGAUCGAUGGUGAUCAGGAUUCAGGCAUUUGUAUUAAAAAAUGACUUAAAGUUAAAAUAAGAUUAUAAUGCAAACUUAUGAAUCAACAAACACUUCAAUUGCCGUCCAGUAGAUGGUAGAAGUGAACAGACAUGAAAUGAAACAAUCUCUUAAUUUGUAAGCCAAUUCUGAUUAAUCAAGCCAUUUUUCAACAAGAUAUUAUUAACUACACAAAUCUAAAAGCUGUUGCAAGUUUCACUCAAAGAAUGACUUUUAUUAUGUAUUUUGAUGAUAAUUAUUCAAAGAUCUGUAUAGUAGACCAAAGUGGAAAAUGAUGAAUAAUAUUACGUUUUCAAUCGGCCCUUGAAAAGAUAAAUUAGUUAAUAGUGAAAUCCAUCAAACUGUUGUAAAUAAUUUGCUAUUGAACCCGUUAUAUGAAUGAUUUCAGAUCGAUUCCAACAUUAACUUCAUGAAAGUCUUAUUGCUCAAUAAAUAUU